AUGGCAACAGCCGCUCCUGGGAAGCCAGAGCUGUGGAAGGAGCGGCUUGCCGUGCUGAAGGAGGAGAAUGACAAGAAGAGAGCAGAGAAGCAGAAGCGGAAAGAAAUGGAAGCCAGAAAUAAAGAAAAUGGAAAGGAGGAGAACGGGUUAGGCAAAACUGACAGGAAGAAAGAGAUCGUGAAGCUAGAGCCCCAAGUAGAUACGGAAGCCGAAGACAUGAUUAGUGCCGUGAAGAGCAGAAGGCUGCUUGCCAUGCAAGCUAAGAAGGAAAGGGAAAUCCAGGAAAGAGAAAUGAAAGUCAAACUAGAGCGGGAGGCUGAAGAAGAACGGAUACGGAAGCACAAAGCAGCUGCCGAAAAGGCGUUCCAGGAAGGCAUCGCCAAGGCGAAGCUCGUCAUGCGCAGAACUCCUAUUGGCACCGAUCGAAACCAUAACAGAUACUGGCUCUUCUCGGACGAAGUUCCAGGACUGUUCAUCGAGAAGGGCUGGGUACAUGACAGCAUUGACUACCGAUUCAGCCACCUCCGCAAGAAGCACUCGGACCCUCCCGACGAGGAUUCCUGCCCCCGCAAUAAGAAAGCAAACUUAGGCAAAAAUGCCAACUUGAAUUCCCAUGGACCAGCAAUAGAAAUUGCUGUGGAGACCACCGUACCCAAACAAGGACAGAACCUAUGGUUUCUGUGUGAUAGUCAGAAGGAGCUGGAUGAGCUGCUAAACUGCCUUCACCCUCAGGGAAUCCGAGAAAGUCAGCUGAAGGAGAGGCUGGAGAAGAGGUACCAGGACAUCAUUCACUCCAUUCACCUGGCUCGGAAACCAAAUCUGGGGCUGAAAUCCUGUGAUGGCAACCAGGAGCUCUUAAACUUCCUCAGGAGCGACCUCAUUGAAGUCGCAACAAGGUUACAAAAAGGAGGGCUUGGCUACGUGGAGGAGACAUCAGAGUUUGAAGCCCGGGUCGUUUCCUUAGAGAAGCUGAAGGACUUCGGUGAGUGUGUCAUUGCCCUUCAGGCCAGCGUCAUAAAGAAAUUUCUCCAGGGCUUCAUGGCUCCCAAGCAAAAGAGAAGAAAAUUGCAAAGUGAAGAUUCAGCAAAAGCCGAGGAAGUGGACGAAGAGAAGAAAAUGGCAGAGGAAGCAAAGGUUGCGUCUGCACUGGAAAAAUGGAAGACGGCAAUCCGUGAGGCUCAGACUUUCUCCAGGAUGCACGUUCUGCUCGGGAUGCUGGACGCGUGCAUCAAGUGGGAUAUGUCCGCAGAGAACGCGCGCUGCAAAGUCUGCCGAAAGAAGGGUGAGGACGACAAGCUGAUCCUCUGUGACGAGUGUAAUAAAGCCUUCCACCUGUUCUGUCUGCGGCCGGCCCUCUACGAAGUGCCAGAUGGCGAGUGGCAGUGCCCGGCCUGCCAGCCAGCCACUGCCCGGCGCAACUCCCGCGGCAGGAAUUAUACCGAAGAGUCGGCCUCUGAAGACAGUGGAGACGCCGAGAGCGAUUCGGAGGAGGAGGAAGAGGACGAUGACGAGGAGGAGGAAGACUAUGAGGUGGCUGGUUUGCGAUUGAGGCCACGCAAGACCAUCCGGGGCAAGCAGAGCGUCAUCACCCCUGCAGCCAGGCCAGGCCGCCGCCCGGGGAAGAAGCCCACCCGGCGGGCGCGGCCCAAGGCGCCCCCUGGGGACGACGCUGAGGUGGAUGAGCUGGUGCUUCAGACGAAGCGGGGCUCCCGGAGGCAGAGCCUGGAGCUGCAGAAGUGCGAGGAGAUCCUGCACAAGGUGGUGAAGUACCGCUUCAGCUGGCCCUUCAGGGAGCCCGUGACGCGGGAUGAGGCCGAGGACUACUAUGACGUCAUCAGCCACCCCAUGGACUUCCAGACGAUGCAGAACAAGUGCUCGUGCGGGGACUACCGCUCGGUGCAGGAGUUCCUGGGCGACAUGAAGCAGGUGUUCAGCAACGCCGAGCUCUACAACUGCCGCGGCAGCCACGUGCUCAGCUGCAUGGCGAAGACGGAACAGUGCCUGGUGGCCCUGCUGCGCAAGCACCUGCCCGGCCACCCCUACGUCCGCAGGAAGCGCAAGAAGGUUCCCGAUCGGCCCGCCGAGGACGGAGCGGACAGUGAGCCCGAGCCCGCGGGCCAGUCCCGGGGACGAAGACAGAGGAAGUAGAGAGGCGGGCCCCGGUGAGGGAGCUGAGUUGGGGGGUGGGUAGCCGGAGACAGCAAGGGAACAGGAACGGGAGGAGAGGGUUGGGGGCACCCAGGAGAGGUGGCCGCGCUCUCCUGGCCUGGGCGGGGCUCUCUGCCCAGAGGCGCCUCCUUUCUGAGUUUCCAGAGAGGCCGAGGGCACAGCUUGUCCUGGGAACCCGGUCCCUAUCCCUUCCAUUCCCUAGGGCCCCUCCCACUCUGGCGACCACAGCAGGUCGGCGGGCGUGGGCUGACCGCACGCUGUGGCUGUGCAGCCUCACUGCCUUCAGCCCGGACGCCCCUCCCCCCGCGGCAGCGUCGGUGAGUGCCAUGCACGCAGGAUCUGUGUUCACCAGCAUUGCGGGGGCAAAGGUCACGUCCCGAGCCAUUCCUGAAUACCUCUCCCCAGUGCCAUCACCCCCCCCCAACAAAAAUUUAAAAAAAAAAAAAAAAAAAACAACGAAGGCACUUCACGCGAGACUGGCGUCCUGCUUCUAAUCAUGCAUGUAGCCCUUACUGUGAGGCCUGGCCGCGGGUGCUGGGCUGGCCCGCCCACACCAGACAAGCUCUUGGGGGAGCAGAAGACAAGCAGGAGGAAUGGAAUUGUUGACGUUUUUUAAAUUGACUUUUCUAGUUAUUAAAAGUUGCUUGUUUCAGCAGUGACGUUGUAUAAAGAACAUCCUGUAACAUACUUGUCACCUUGCUUUGGCACAUGUACAGUACGAUUUCUAGGAUGGUGUUUGCUCUACUCCCUCCCGCAGAGGCUGGGCUGGGCCCGUCCAGCAGGUGGCUGCCGCUGCCCAGCCGCUCAGCCUUCAGCUUGUGGCUCCUUGGGAGCCUGCGCGCCCGUGGUCAGGGCCCGGGCGUGGGAGGGCCCCCUCCCCGCAGCCAUCGAGCGCUCACGGCGCGCGCAGGCCAGGCUUUGUAGUCGUCUUUCCCUUUUAUGACAGAUUUUGAUAAAAGUACAGAACAGGGUUUCAUUUUCUUUUCUAUCAGCUUUGAAUCCGGGAGGUUGGAGCCCCUCGGCGCUCCUGUCCCUAUUUAAGUUAAAGGAGAAGCGGCCUGGGAAGGGGACCAUGCUUGGAGGACUGGGGAGAGGGCCUCUGGGCGGUGACGCCCGGCUGCAGACCGGCUCCCGCCGAGGACCCCGGGGCCGGCGCGCGCGCGUUCACCGUCCCUCCUCCCGCAGGCCUGGAGCUAGCCCCGAUGUCCAGUUCCGUGACCCUGGCCGCUGCGCCCUCCCCCGCCUCUGUCCCAGGUCCAGUCUGUCCUUGUUGGUAGUGAGAAUCCUACGUUCCCACCUAAGUGACAUCGGAGCCGGUGGUUGUUUUUUUAAGUCGUCUUUAAGGAGGAAGGGCCCCGUUCAAGGGUGAACUUGUAAUAAAUUGGAAUUUCAAAUAAACAUUAUGUACUUGUGUUUAUAAAGAAGAA